AUGACAGCUUGUGGAGAGAGGGGUGGCGGUUUUGGCUCUUCUGCUAGUGAUGGUUUUGGCUCUUCUGCUAGUGAUGGUUUUGGCUCUUCUGCUAGUGAUGGUUUUGGCUCUUCUGCUAGUGAUGGUUUUGGCUCUUCUGCUAGUGAUGGGUCUGGCUCUUCUGCUAGUGAUGGUUCUGGCUCUUCUGCUAGUGAUGGUUCUGGCUCUUCUGUUGCUGCCAGCAAAGGUACCCCUGCUAGUGAUGGGAGCAGUACUUGCAGCUGCAGCGGGACAGGGGAGCAGCAGCAGCGCACAGGAGGGGGGUCAGGGUGGGUGAUAGGGGUGAAGGAGUGUGAACCUCCAAAAGAAGUAGCGGCAGGGGUGGAAGGUUGGAGGUACGAAGAAGGGGCUGUGCUGGCAGAUGUGACGAUGCAGGCAGCACAAGAGGUGCUGCCACAUGUCAAGCAGGCAUUGGAGCAGAUGCGGGCCGGGAACGGUGGGGAUGGAGAUGCAUCGUGGCUGCAGGGAUUGGUGCAGCAUGAGAGGGUGUGUGGUGGCAUGGUAUCAGCUGAUGGGGAGAAGGCACUCAAUGAGAUGUUCUGA